CCAACCAUUACAGUAAGAAACUUCAAGAGGUUCUAGUCUCAGCAGAAGGAAAAGUUGAAGGAUCAAUCGAGCAGAGCAUAGCGUUUGGUGAUGGAGAGUCUAACGCAGGCGCCUUAUGCUGCUACGGUGCGGCUCAUGUUGAGUUCCCUGGAGCGCAAUUUGUUGCCUGAUGCUGUUAUAAUGAGGUUGAUUCGGUUUCUCUUGGCUAGUCGUCUUCGCUCUGGUUAUAGACCCUCUACUGAACUCCAACUCUCCGACCUCCUUCACUUUGCUCAUUCCUUGAGGGAGAUGCCCAUAGCUAUCAAGACAGAUAAGCCUAAAACUCAACAUUAUGAAUUGCCAACCUCUUUCUUCAAGUUGGUUUUGGGGAAGAACUUCAAAUACAGCUGCUGUUACUUUUCUGAUGGGUCAACAACUCUGGACGAUGCCGAGGAAGCAAUGUUGGAACUUUACUGUGAAAGGUCCCAAAUAAGAGAUGGUCACACUGUUCUUGAUGUCGGCUGUGGAUGGGGUUCACUUUCUCUUUACAUUGCCCGAAAAUACCCCAACUGCAAAAUCACAGGGAUUUGCAAUUCCACCACUCAAAAAGCUUUUAUUGAGGAGCAAUGCCGGGAUGGAGAAUUACAGAAUGUGGAGAUCAUUGUUGCAGACAUGAGCACAUUUGAAAUGGAGGCGUCGUACGACAGGAUAUAUUCGAUUGAAAUGUUUGAGCAUAUGAAGAACUACGAGGCUCUUCUGAAGAAGAUAUCAAAAUGGAUGAAACAGGAUGCUCUUCUUUUUGUUCAUUAUUUCUGCCAUAAAGCAUUUGCUUACCACUUUGAGGACAUAAACGAAGAUGACUGGAUAACUAGGUACUUCUUCACAGGAGGUACAAUGCCUUCUGCUAAUCUGCUUCUCUAUUUCCAGGAUGAUGUUUCUGUUGUCAAUCAUUGGCUUGUUAAUGGUAAACAUUAUGCACAAACAAGUGAAGAGUGGCUCAAGAGGAUGGACAAAAACUCGGCCGCUGUUAAAUCAAUAAUGGAGUCGACAUAUGGCAAGGAUCAGGCUGUGAAAUGGACUGUUUAUUGGCGAACCUUCUUUAUCGCUGUUGCAGAACUCUUUGGAUACAAUAAUGGAGAAGAAUGGAUGGUUGCACUUUUCCUAUUCAAGAAGAAAUGAAGCCCUCUCGAUGCUCCUCCUCCAAGUGAAAUCUGUUGGGGCGACUGUCUUCACUGGACUCAUAUCAAUCAGUAAUGGAGAACAUGGCAAAAGUAAUCUGCAUUUCGAGUACAAAUGGGAUUAAAGACAUUUAAAUCAGUGUUUAUUUGGAUUAUGAUGGAAUGAAAGCCAUUCAAGUA